AUGGCUGAAUCAUAUGCAGACAAAAAUGGAAUUUAUCCAACAUUACCAACAGCGGAUACUGUUGUACACAAUUCUCGUGAUCCAUAUGGUAUAAAUAAACAUUUUCAACUUGAUUUUUUCAAUGUUAUUGCUGAACCUGAUCAAAGUGCUUAUAGUUUUGAUUUAUUACAUAGAGCAUCAAGACAAGUAUAUAAAUAUAGUAAAUUAUUUAUAUAUCGUCUUUUAACAGUUAUUUUUGGUUUACCAUUAAUGUUAUUUUGGGGUCUUAUUAUUGGUGCUUAUACAUUUCUUAUGAUUUGGGUUUUGACACCAAUACGUCGUUUAAAUCAAUCAAUGAUUGCUGAAGCUGGUAUUUAUGUUCAAACAAUAAGUGAUGCUGUUAUAGCACCACUCUAUCGUUCUCUUGGACAAAUGUGGUCAGGUAUUCGUGCAACUAUUUCUACUCAACAAAUUCAAUCAACAAACCAAAUUCAAGUAUAA